GGAAACCAGUUCCUGUAGCAAAGGCCCGGCUCUCUUUGUUUGGGCUCCCAAACAGCUUUCCCUUCCUCUCCCUCCCCCACCUCUCCCCGGCGCUACAGCGGAACCAAAAUGCGAGGAGCCGCGCAGGGAGGAGACAUCGAAGCAGGAGCGGUGCCAAAGGAGACAUGAGCAGCACGAAGGACGUGACCUGCAGGUAUUUUGUACAAGGAGUAUGUCGUGAAGGAAAUAGGUGUCUGUUUUCCCAUGACUUGUCUACCAGCAAACGAUCUACUAUCUGCAAAUUCUAUCAAAAAGGACAGUGUGCCUAUGGAACUCGCUGCAAAUAUGAUCACGUUAAACCUCUGGGGUCCUCUGCAUCCGGGGGCCCAGUGGGUUCUAGACCACUUUACAUUGCUGCACCACCAUUCCAAAGACUUAACUCUCCAUCAGAGCAAACCCCAAGUGUUACCAAAAGUAAAGUACACGAAUCUGGAAAACGUGAAAAGAAAACCUUAGUGCUCAGGGACAGAGACUUAUGUGGAACCAAUGAAGAAAGGGCAAGGCCCGGGUCAGUAAGUGACUUGGCAUGUUGCAGUAUGCCAGCUGACAUACCAGAAACAAAGCCCCAUUCGUAUUUAGAUGCUAUCCGCAGCGGGCUUGAAGAUGAUGCUGAACCUGGCAGCUCAUAUGCAUAUGACGAACAGUUAUGUCCCUACGCAGCAGCCGGCAUGUGCCAGUUUGGGGACCGGUGCCUCUACCUCCAUGGGCAAGUGUGUGAAAUCUGUGGGUUGCAAGUACUCCAUCCCUUUGAUCCAGAACAGAGGAAGGCACAUGAGAAGAUGUGCAUGGCUAGCUUUGAACAUGACAUGGAGAACGCUUUUGCCUUCCAGGCAAGCCAGGACAAGGUGUGCAGUAUCUGCAUGGAAGUGGUUUAUGACAAGCCAUCCGCAUCCGAAAGAAGAUUUGGCAUCCUUUCAAACUGCAAUCACACCUACUGCUUGUCCUGUAUCCGCCAGUGGAGGGGGGUCAAGCAGUUUGAGAAUCCCAUCAUCAAGUCCUGUCCAGAAUGCCGUGUGGUAUCUGAGUUUGUCAUUCCCAGUGUGUACUGGGUAGAAGAUCAGACAAAAAAGAAUGAAUUAAUUGAAGCAUUUAAGCAAGGGGUUGGGAGAAAGGCCUGCAAGUAUUUUGAACAAGGAAAGGGGACUUGCCCAUUUGGAGGGAAAUGUUUGUAUCUCCAUGCUUACCCAGAUGGAAGACGAGCUGAGCCAGAGAAGCCACGAAAGCAGCUCAGCUCUGAGGGGACAGUCCGGUUCCUCAACUCUGUUCGUCUGUGGGAUUUUAUCGAAGACCGAGAAAACAGGACGCUGCCAGUUACCAAUGAUGAUGUCUCUGAGAUUGGAGAGCUUUUUAUGCAUCUUUCUGGCACAGAUGCCGAAUCUGCUGCUCCUCCCUAGACUACCACAAGAUCUCUCCCGUGUCCAUAUUCCAUUUUGAUCCUUCUGUUUCUUCAGUAACUUUGUACCACAAUGUUAGAAUUAUUGUGCCAUGGAGACUGAGGUCCUGGUGAAAUUCUAGUAUGAGUGUCACUGUAGAGCAAAAGUGUUGAAACAUCAUAAAAUGAGUGCUUGGAAUAAAAGUGAUAGAUGUAAUCAUGAAGAGAAGAACUUUUCUAUUAGAAGGGAAAGAGCAGCAAUGUGUUUUUAGUUUAAAUGAAUAUUUACUCCCAUUUUAUUGAAAAAAUCUUGCUAUUCUAAGAUUUGAGGUAGAUCCAAGUAAUUGGAGGUUGUCUUUUAAUAUUAUAAUAUCUUAAUAAAAGAACGGAAAAAUACAUCUAAUUAUCCAUGUCAAAUAUAUCAAUGUGGUUUAAAAUUAUCAGACUCUGUUUUCAGGGUUGUUAGCAAAAAAAACGCCACGCUAUCUUCUAACACUGCACGUGGCCAAUUUUUUUUAAAAAGUGAUUUUAAAAAAAAAUGGCCAUGAGCAUUGUUAAUGUAUUUUAUAAGCAGCAUGGUUACUUAAACAUUUGCCGCACUAGCUAUGCUACAGUUCUCCUGACUUAAGCUGUAUCCAUUUUUCCAUUUUAAUGCAACUAUAACUAACCACAUUUAAGAUUAUUUGUAGGAAUGAGAUAUCUAAGAAUGAAAGUACAGUCAAAAUAAUCCAUGUUAGUUAUAUGAUUUUCUUGGAAGCAAUAACCAAGAUUCUACUUACACAUAUAAGUAGAGAAUUCCUUUGUUAGUUAGUUCCAAGUAGGGAUGGAUUUUCAGAAAUAAUUGUUUUAGUUCCAAUAUGCCUGUUCAAAUAUUGAAGUAAAAUCUGUUAAAUCCAUAUAUGGGUAAUUUUUCCCCUUCCAUGUAAUUGUGUCCGAUUCUUGGAGACUGAACAAGUUCCUGCAGGUUUCUUGGUAAGGGUUUUCAGAAGUGGUUUGCCAUUGCCUCCUUCCUAGGGCUGAAAGAAAGUGACUGCCCAAGGUCACUCAGCUGGUUUUAUGCCUAAGGCAGGACCAGAACGGACAAGUUCCUGCUUUCCAGCCUGAUGCUUUAACCACUACACCAAACUGGCCAUAAUAGGCAUUGCUAAAAUACUGGCACUCUGUGACGUAAUACAAUUUAACUUUUUAAAAAGUAGCACUGUCUGAACAUUGCCUGAAAAGUGGGACCAUGCUGCAUUUCAAACUUGGAGGCAAAAUGAUGCUUCAGAGCAGCAUGUUUGCUCAUGGAGCCCCUUUCUACAGCUCUUUAAAGCAAUUGUGUCUUUUUCUAGAUGCUGUGCAUGUUUGCCUUGAGAUCUAAAGUAUUGCAAAACUCUCCAGUUCGGUUAUUUUAAGAUGUUCUCUUCUCCUAGUCCCAUUAGUAGGAGCAAUUAAUAGCAGUAUUCAGCCUUCAAAAACAGCCUUCACUGAUACCAAUUUUUUAUAUAUAUAUGAGGAUAGCAGGUAAUGGAAAAUCAUGACUCAGGUCAAUCUAACUAGUGGGUGAAAGUGGUAGAAGUUCAAUGGAAUAGAAACUAUUUGACCUGCAUAUACUAAUUUACACACAAAGAACUUUCUGGGUUUUGAAUCUGCUUUUUGCAGUCCCUGUCGGAAUGAAGGAGCCAUUUGGUAACUCUCCCAUCCUGCUUGAUAUUAACUGAACUUUAAUAUAUCUUUAAAAACAAUGCCCAUAUUCCUAGUAACUGCAGGAAACUUGUAGUUUACUUGGCAAGCAUUAUAAGAGUCUAUUUGCUAUUCUUUUCUGGAAAAAAAAUCCCUCACUUUUAACAUACAACCCUAGAAUUCUCAGGUAGUCUCCCAUCAAAGUAUUCAUCAUGGUUGACUCAGCUUAAAUUUUGAGAUUGUCCAAAGUUACUGAGACAACUAUUAACCUUUUAGGCCAUUAUUAUCUAUUACUGACAACAGUGAUUCAAUACCUCAUCAUGUUAUAAAGUAAGGGUGUCAAACUGGCGGGACGAAUGUGUCACGCGCAGGCCACGCCCACCCCAGCUCCACAAAUGGGGAAAAAGUCGCAAAACGUCAUGUGAUGGCAGCAAGUUUGACACCUUGUUAUAAAGCACUAUCAUAAGUGCUGCUGAAAUCACAUUCUAAAUCCUCACAAAUGAGAUUGUGUAGAUAGUGGGAAAGUAUGUGAAGAAAUAAUCAUAUAGGCUUCUUUGUGGUGUAAGUACUAUAAAGAAGCAGAGUAUCCUGUCUGGCUUGUUUGUCCAAUAUAGGAGCAGGUAUUGUAUACUAUCAGGAGUAUAUUUGGAGUUUUACAAGUGUAUUAUGAGUUCAUUCUUGCAGUCAAUGGCUGUGUGUUUAUAUUUACAAGAAUUUAUAAAUGCCCAAAGAUGUGAAUGUAUACCAUGUGGUCAGCACCUGCUCUAGUAGACCUUUUAAAAAUGCAUUUAAUUCAAUCGGCUGGUUUGGCACUUAGGUAUCAGGUGAGAAAAAACAAGUAUAGGCAUAGUUUAUUCUCCAACAGCAUAGUUCCAAAAUAGCAUCAUUUUCUGUACCUAAACCAGAUAUUCAGUCUCAUACAAAAGUGCUUGGUGGCAUCUUUGAUAAUUAGCCACAUGUUAAAACUCAGUAUCUAAAAUUAGCUACUCGUAGGGGUCUAGAGGUUGUAGACAAAUAUCCAAGCAGACUGAAUAAUUAACUUGCUUCUUUGUCAAUGGUUAGUAGUGUCACUUUCUGAUCCAUCCUAAGCUUGACACUUAUUUUGAAGACUGUAUCUGUUAUUGCUGUAAAUUUAUUAGAGUAUUUAUUAAAUAUUGUUCCAGGUUUGUGGUCCUUCAAAUGCUA